UAAUUAUGCUAAAUCAUAACAUUCAUUCAUACAGUCCCCACCUUCCCUUUCUUCCCUUGUUUGCCUUUUCUUCCAAUCUAAGCCUCCCUAACUUUAUAAGCCCCCCAAACCCCUUCCUCACACCUCUCAUCAAACCAUGACCUCAGUCUGCAUAUCCAACUGCGUCAACGACGCCCGGGACCCUCGGGUUCCGGUCAGAGCCACCUAUGUCAACCUCUAUAAGUGGCCGGAGUCCGACGCCGAGUUCGUCCGGUCAGUGAGUUCCAGAAUGCGGCAGCAGGCGGUGGUAAAUAUGAAUUGCAAUUACUACUGUCAUCCUAGAGUGGUGGACAGCAUCUCCUGUCGUCAGUUGUACCUCCGGAGCUACACUUUUUCGAGGGAAGAGACGGUGCCAGAGAAAACCCAGAAGUGCUUUGGACGGGUGAAGGAGAAAGUGGCAGAAACCGGGAAGAGAAAACGCCGGAGAGGAAAGGGUCUGAGGAAGAGGAAGGAAUCAUCCUGCUCUGUUUUGUUUAGGUUUUUUCAUAGGCUGCUCACUUGCUCUGCCAGUGUAGAUGUUGUGGGUCGAAAAUAGUUUCCUUUUUUUAAAAAAAGGACUAAUUUGUUUUUGCUCUGUUUUUAUUUAUGCAUAAGUGGGAAUUGGGUUUUCAUAUUUUGUAUAAUAUUGCUGCAUAUUCUCUGUUUUCUCGGUCUGCUUCUGAUCUUCCAAUUCAUUCAUCCGCAAAAUUAAUGAUGAUGAAAUUC